AUGAUUGAUCUGCAGGCAAUUCUUGCUGUAGGCUACCAUACCUACACCCACAAGCUCGCGUUGUCUGAUAUGGCCCCGAUGAUCCAAUUGGGGUUUCUAGUGAUCCUAUCACACAACGCAGUCAGAAGCGCAGACACAUUUCUAAUGGUGACGACAGUCGAUACGAGUCGGAUAGAAUUUUAUCGGUCUCCGUUCAUCCCGCAGGGGCAGGCAAAUUUGAACUUAACAAAUGAAAUGAUUAUUUUGUGCUCCGCUUCCAUCAAGGAUACUCUACGAUGUACUAACUACCCUUCCUCGAAAUUCGAUGAUAUUUUCAUCUCAACAGCUACGAAGACUACGUCCUACGGCCCUUCGAAAACGCUGGGUAGGGUUGGGCUGGAGUUCUGGAAGUUCAAAACACUAGUAAUCUAUGAAGAUACACUAUCUUUUUGCAUCUCAGGUGCUAUCUUCUGUGAUUGA